CGAUCACUCGGCACCGUCACAGCCGUCGACCACUUCAUUAAUGCAAGGAUUCUGUUAUAUACUAGCACAUAGCUCCUUAGCUUCAAGCUAACCAACGCUAGAGGCUAACGCUCCUCUCAUUCAUAAUGAAGGAAAACGCAUUAAACUUAGUUUCGUUGUUGUCCGGUUCUCUCAGUCUGACUGAUGUUCACUUUUCAAUCUGGCUGUAAAGUUUGGCGCCAGGUUUCCUGUGGGGAUUUAAAAAACACCUGUAACUUUAGAAAUCUGCUACAGGGUAAUGGGACCGGACAGCGCCCCGGGUCCGGCUGUGCCCUGGCAGAAGGUGCUGUGGGAGCGCCAGCCGUUCCCCGAUAACUACGUGGACCAGCGCUUCCUGGAGGAGCUGCGGAGGAACGAGGGCCUGCGGCAGUACCGCUACUGGGCUGUGGUGAAGGAAGCCGGCGUCGUGGGACAGCAGCUGUCCUGUGUGGCCAUUUUCAUCACCCUGUGGCUCUACAUGGAGCAGGGUCUGCUGUCCCCGGAGACGCUGCUGUCUACCAGCCUGGUCUGCGCCCUGCUGGGUUAUGGACUGUACCAAGUCUUGACAUCUCCUGGUGAAUCGGGCUGCGAGCCGCGCACCCGUCUGGCUGACUUACAGAGCGCCACCAUUUUUCUGUCCUUCACUUUCGGCUUCUCGCCGGUUCUGAAGACAUUAACGGAGUCCGUGAGUACGGACACGGUGUACGCCAUGUCUGCUGUGAUGUUGCUGGCCCACCUAGUUUCGUUCCCUUACGCCCAGCCCUCGCCCCCGGGCAGCCUGUCCCUGAAUGCGGCACUGUUUGCCUCCGUAUGUUUGGCAUCACGGCUGCCCGGCGCCCUGCACACCUUCGCCAUGCUCAGCUGUGCCCUGCUGGUGUUCGCCCUGUGGCCGUGUCUGCUGCAGAGGCUGAGGGAGAACGCCCCCAGCCAGUUCACUGGAGUGUGUGUGGGAAUGUGUGUUGGGGGAGUAGGAGGCCUGGGCUCCCAGUGGCUCGGUGGAGCCGUGCUGUUGGCCCUGGCCCUAGGAAGCGUUACAUUACUCUGCCCUUUACUGCUCGUGCGGCUGCAGAGGCACAAGGACAACAUCCACGGACCCUGGGACGAGGCUGAGAUCCAUGAAGACCUCAGCCGCUUCCUUCACUAACAUACCUGACCAGAGAUGUUUGAGGUGUGAGCCAACUGAGAAUUUUAUAUGAAUGAUUAACGGUCGGUGUAAGUAUUAUGUUGGUGCUGAACAUCUUCUCUCAUUGAUCUGUUUGAACAGCCAUAUGAAAACAUUUUAACGUUCAAGCUGCUGCUGUCUUCUAAGUGUCGACCUCAGGGUUUGUAUUGAGGGCGUCGACCAGUGUGUGAUGCUGACAUACAUUACUGGACACACUCUGAUACUAUGCACCAGUUUGAUAUCAGUGAUGAUAAUAAUGUGUGGGAGAUGUUGUGUGUAACGUGUGUGAAUGGAUGGAUGCGUAGUGUUAAACACAGCGGGCUCUGACUCCAUUACAAACUAUGUUUAAAUUAAAUAUUAGUGGAAUUUUAAGAUUACAAAAGUUUCAUUAAAAGAUACAGUAUAUUUA